AUGACAGACGGCAACACCGCAUCGAAUGCUGCACUGGCAAGCAUCUUCAAGACUGGUGCUUACUCCGACGUUGUCAUCAAAUGUGGCUCAUACGACGCCAAGGUACACAAGGCGAUCAUAUGUUCUCGCUCCGAAGUCUUCGCUGCGAUGAUCUCCGGAGAUGUAUGGAAGGAGAAUCAAGAAGGAAUUCUGCGUCUCAAAGCAAGCACUGAUGCCGGUGUCGAUCCCAUGGAUGUCAGCAUCGAUGAUCCGGAUGCUGUUAAACACAUGAUUGACCUCCUAUACACGCACGACUACGAGACCACCUCAAACGACCGCGAGACCAUUUCUGUUCUCGAACCGGAGGCUGAAGUAGACCAAGAUACCGUCAUGCAUGCCAAAGUCUAUGCUCUCGGUGGCAAAUACGCAAUACCCUCUCUGCAGACCAGCGCGCUCACCAAGUUCCGUGGGGCCGUGACCAGUGCGUGGGACAAGCAAGAUUUCGCAGAAGCUUUGCGCUGGGCCUUUGACUGGAACGAAAGAAAGUGA